GUUUUACCAAUUUAUGCCAUUUUGUUUGUUGAAUAUGAUAGAGAUAGAUAUGCAUGGAUUAAAAUACAAUAUUGUACAACUACAUUAUGGUAUAGGCCUACAAGGAGGAAGUGAGUUCAUUUUGAAACUUUGACUGCCAUCAGAUAUAGGCCUACUUCCUUAUUAAUAAAAUGUCUGACCCAUUAAAGAAACAUUUAACAACUCAGCUUGAGCUAUUGGAUGAGUCAAGUUUUCAUCUACAGAGUAGCAUCAGUGAUUUUAUACAGCAGAUUAAAACAAGCGCUAUGAAAUGUGUAGACAAGACUUCUGAUUCCAAUAUGACAGUGAAAGAUGCCAUUAGUAUGGUGGCAACAGCACAAAGUACAAUCAUAGAUCACACAUAUAUGUUAGUGGAAUCUACCAAGCUGUACCCUCCCACGGUGGUGACAGGGGAAAAAGCAACACCAGAAAAAAAAAGUAUGAAUACAACAAAUGUUCAGAAUAUUUCUAAAGACCAUGCAGAAUGUGAUGCAAACGCAAUAGAAAGAGUAAAGAAUAUUGAAACAACCCUAACUUCUCUACAAGACACAAAACAAAAGACUGAAGAUGACAUAUCAGAAAUGAAACAAUGGAGAGAUAACUUUGUAACAGAACACAAUGAUAUGGUGGUAAAAACUAAAACCUUGUCUGAGAAACAAAAACAGAAUUUAAAAAACAUGAGAAAACAACUACACGAACAAGAAAGCAAAAUAGAAGAGAUGAAUAAAGUAAUUGAAAAUUUUAAAGAAAAAGAAUCAACAACAAACAAAAAACUAGAGGAACUGUCUUUAGAUUUAAAAGAACAUGAAAAAAACUUACACAAAAUAAACAAAGAGAUCCAGAAUCACACAGACAAAACAGAGUAUUUAACCCAAGGAAUUCAAAGACGUUCUGAUUUGAUCUCUACAACACAAGAAAAAUUACUGUCUAAGCAUGGUGUGAUUUGUCAACUUCUACAACAGAGGUUGUUGCCCAUUUACAGAAUUCUUCAAGCAAGUAACAGGAACCUAGAGACUACCAAGGAAAAACUGGAGAAGAAUGAAUCUCUGGAAAAAGAUGUUUUAAAGUUGUCAAAUGAUUUUCAGACAAUAGCCAAUCAACAAGUGAAACAUUCAACACCAUGGUUUGUUGCUUCACACGGUCGCUGGGACGGGAAAUACUAUGACGGAUACAAAGUUAUUACAUUCAGUACUGUAGAACGUAACGUAGGAAACCAUUUUGAUCCAAACACUGGAGUGUUUACCGCCCCUGUUGAUGGCCUGUAUAAAGCAGGUCUUACAAUAAAACAAACAGGAGAUCGUGAUGUGGGAGCCUGGGUUGUACACAAAUCUGGUCGUGCGGUGAGACGGGUCGGUAAUGUUGAGACUAAAAAAAAAUGUUUUGAAGCUUCAACAACUUUUGAGGUUUAUAUGAAAGCUGGCGAUGUUUUAUUUUCAUUCACUGGCUAUCAUGAUUGUGAAUGUACUCAUUUUUCUUGUGUUUAUCUUGACGUCUAAAUUCCAUUUUUCUUUUAUUUAUUACAGACUUAAUAUUGACUAAAACCAAAUAUAUACAUUAAUAGUUGAGAAUUCUUUUAGAUACGCUAUAACAAUACACGCGAGAUUAGACUUAUUUUUCUCUCCUAAAGGGCUAAUGUUUUAUACGUUGUUAAUCUACACGAAAACAUGUAAAAUGCCUAUAAACAAAAUAAAAGUAAUACUUAACAUAAAAAGUUUGCCUUUAUUUUAACAAGUUUAUAUUUUUGUUUGAUAAAUAAGGCAAGGUUUAAAGAAGAAAAAAAUCAGUGUAUAAUUGAUUAGCAUUGUUGACAGGUCACUGGCCUUGUUUAUAAUAAAUUACAACACCAAGAAACUGCAAAUACGCAACAGUAAGUUAUCAAUUUUAUCUGGAUUACAAUAUAAACAGUUGAAAAGUAAUAUUUAAACUUUUUUCUUGUAUUCCCUAAAAAUUGAGUUCCUAUUGCAUAACAACUAAUGUAGUAACUAGCAUCCAUAAGGGUGUGCUUCACACAGGAAAUUAAGAUUUUCGUGAGUGCUAACGACAUUUAUUAUUGAAAUUGGUCGUGCUAUCAUAUUAGUGUGUUGUAAAAUAAAAAAAAAUCCUUACAACGCGUCUGGUUUCGAAGAUUUCUUUUAAUAAGUCGGUGGUCUCAGAUACGAGAAAAACUUAUAGUAAGAAAAAUAUUUUUGAAAUGUAAUUUAAAUUUUAAAUUUUUAUUAAAGAGUAGUUAAGUUUUUAUAAAACUAAACUUUUGUGUAACUACAAAAAUGUUUGAACUGUAUUUUGUCUUAUCUUAAUCUUUCACUUAUGUAUUAUUCCUCUAUCUUCAGUACUGUUGGACUGGUGUUGAUUCCGUUUGAUGAAUAUUUUAGAAAAAUGAAGUAUUUGCAACCGCGAUCUUUUUACUUUCAAUUUGCAACAUCGCUCCAGUUGUUUGUUUGGUUUUUUUGUGUUAUUUUUUAUGUUAAAAAAUAAUAGUCAUUGCAUUCAGUAUAAAUCAGUUUAAUGCAAACAUAAAAAAAGUAAACAAAUACGUUUUAUAAUUUUAACAACAUUACAAUAAAUAUGGCCCCUAUAACA